UUCUCAUUUAGCCACGCCCACAUGACCCUUUACCUUCUGAGGUUUUCCCGCGAACUGUGCACGCACCGGGAUUCUAGCUGGCUGACGUUUCGAUAACAUUUGAUUAACUAAAUCAUUUUAAUAUACGUUUUUCAUUAUAAGGGCUUCAUGGCGAAGCAAAGCAGCAUUUUUAAUUUUUUCAAUAAGUCUCCACCACCCGUUAAGAAGGCGAAACCGAGUCCCUCGCCUGUAGAAGCUGACUUGCCAUCCUCGGUUCGAAAAAAUAACAACUCUCCAAAAGAAGAAGCUAAGCAUGCGUCUCAAACUCCGACCACCAAAAAGACUCCAGCAAAACCAACUAGUGCAAAAGCGAUCAAAGGCGGUUACAGUAAACUCUUCGGAAAUAAGACGUUAACAGUAAAGGAGAGCCCACCGUCAUGCCCGUUCAGUGCUGGAGCGCUGGUCUGGGCCAAGCUAGAGGGACACCCCUGGUGGCCCUGCCUGGUGGUGCCCCAGCCCCUCAGCGGACAGCAGAUGAGGGGACAGGGGAAAAACCAACGCCUGCAUGUCCACUUUUUUGACGAGCCGCCGACCAGGGGUUGGGUCAGCACCAAAUACAUCCGCGAAUAUCAAGGAUCUGGUAGUUGUGACGCCAAGACAGGUGGGGUGUUUUUCAGUGGUAAACCUGUGAUCCGCAAAGCCAUGGAGCUGGCUGACGCCGCGAUGUCUGACAGCCCAGAGUCCAGACUGAAGAUUCCUCUGUGCAUGGACCCGUCUGAUGCUGAGGAGGAAGACGAGGACAUGGAGCUUGAUAAGUCAACACUGACUGACGACGAUCUAACGGAAGAGGAAGACGCGGCGGAGACGGUGAAAUCCAAGCCGGGUCGGCGUUCGUCCCGCGCCGCAGUGGAACAGUGCAGCAAGCCCAAGCGUCGCCGUAUCGUGGUUGCCUCCGACAGUGACGACUCCGGGGAUGAAUUCAAACCGGAGCAGGCUGGAGGCAGCAGUGAGGAAGAUGAGGAGGAAGAGGAGCUAGUAAACAGUCCUUCAGAGGUGGAUGAGGAAGAAAGUGAACCAGAGACUGAACCGGACAGCCCAGUUAAACCCCUGAAGCGUAAACGACCCGAGGAGAAGCCAGCCAAACCGAAACCCAAAACGACUGCCAGUCUUCCUGAACCUGUGAAGAGAUCCUCCCUAGCUGCCGCCGUCACGGCUAACACCAAGUCUCGACUCUCUGCCUUCUCGGCCCCAGAGAGCUUUGAGAGCCAGGCGAACGGAUCGGCCACUGGCGACGGGAGCACGGCCACGGCGUGGGACCACGAGAAGCUUGACUGGCUACAGGACGGACGGAGGAAAGACGCCAAGAGACGGCGACAGUCCGAUGAAGACUACGACCCCACGACACUCUAUGUCCCGGAAGACUUCCUGAACAAAACCACGCCCGGCAUGCGUCGCUGGUGGCAGCUGAAGUCUGAGAUGUUUGACGCUGUGCUUUUUUACAAGGUGGGUAAGUUCUACGAGCUGUAUCACAUGGAUGCGGUGAUCGGGGUCAACGAGCUGGGUCUGACCUUCAUGAAGGGUUUGUGGGCCCACUCUGGCUUCCCCGAGAUCGGCUUUGGACGCUUCUCAGAGGGCCUGGUGCAGAAGGGAUACAAGGUGGCGCGCGUGGAGCAGACCGAGACCCCGGAGAUGAUGGAAGCCCGCUGCAAGGCCAUGUCCAAGCCCACCAAGUUUGACCGGGUGGUGCGUCGCGAGGUGUGUCGGGUCAUCACGCGCGGCACCCAAACCUACAGUGUGUUGGACGGCGCCCCCUCAGAGACGCAGAGCAAGUACCUCCUGAGCGUAAAGGAGAAGGCGGAGGAGGAGAGUUCUGGGCGCUGCAGGACAUUUGGCGUCAGCUUUGUGGACACCUCAGUGGGCGUCUUCCACGUGGGCCAGUUCCAGGACGACCGCCACUGUUCCCGGCUCCGUACCCUGGUGGCACACUAUGCCCCGGCGCAGGUGCUCUUUGAGAAGGGGAACCCUUCAGCUGAAACCCGUACAAUCUUCAAGGGUUCUCUGUCCUCGGCCAUGCAAGAGGGCCUGUCUGCAGGGUCCCAGUUCUGGGAUGCUCAGAAGACCCUGAAGGCCCUGGCGGAGGAAGACUACUUUAAGGAGAGCGUGGGGCAGGAUGAAGAGUCUGGAAGCUGUGUCCUCCCCUCGGUCCUCAAAUCGAUGACGUCUGACUGUGACUCAUUAGGCCUAACCCCUAAGGAGGGAUAUGAGCUGGCCUUGGCGGCGCUGGGCGGGUGUAUGUUUUACCUGAAGAAGUGUCUGGUGGACCAGGAGCUGUUCUCCAUGGCCAACUUCAAGGAGUACGUCCCAGUGGAUGUGGAAAUGGACAAGGUGGCUGGGCCUAACGGUUUCUUCUCCCAGACCCAUCAGCGUAUGGUCCUGGAUGGGGUGACUCUAGCCAACCUGGAGAUCCUUCAGAACGCGUCGGGGGGUACCGAGGGGACCCUGAUAGAACGCCUGGAUACUUGUAGCACUCCGUUUGGGAAGAGGUUGCUGAAGCAGUGGCUCUGCGCCCCCCUCUGUAACCCCACAGCCAUUGGGGAGCGUCUGGAUGCCCUGGAGGACCUGAUGGGUGUACCGGCCCAGGCCACGGAGGUCUCAGACCUGCUCAAGAAGCUGCCUGACCUGGAGAGGCUCCUCAGUAAGAUCCACAGUAUCGGAGCGCUGAAGGGCCAGGACCACCCGGACGGCAGGGCCGUUCUGUAUGAAGAGGUCACCUACAGCAAGAGGAAGAUCGCCGACUUCCUCUCGGCUCUGGAGGGCUUCAAGACCAUGCAGGAUAUUGUGACCGCUCUGGGACCGGUUGCGGACGGCUUUCGGUCCAGACUGCUACGCCAGGUGGUUAACGUGAAGGGAGAUGGUUCGGAGGGCCUGUUCCCCGACCUCUCGGGCGAGCUGAAGCGCUGGAACACGGCCUUCGACCACCAGAAGGCUCGUAACACUGGAGUCAUCACCCCCAAAGCUGGCUUUGACCCGGAGUACGACCAGGCUCUGAGCGGCAUCAACACCUGUGACAGGGACCUACAGGACUACCUGGACAGGCAGAAGAAGAGACUGGGCUGUAAGAACGUUAGCUACUGGGGUACAGGACGGAACCGUUACCAGAUGGAAGUGCCGGACAGUGUCCCAGAGAGGAAUAUUCCUGAGGAGUACGAGAUGAAGUCGACAAAGAAAGGCUGGAAGCGCUACUGGACCAGGGAGAUUGAGCGUCUGUUCUCAGAGCUCCAGAGUCUGGAGGAGAAGAGGGACGCUGCUCUGAAGGACUGUAUGCGACGGCUCUUCUUCAACUUUGAUAAGAACUACAGAGACUGGCAGACGGGGGUGGAGUGCAUGGCUGUGCUGGAUGUCUUGCUGAACCUGAUGCGAUACAGCCAGGGUGGGGGGAGUGGGCCAAUGACGCGACCUCAAGUGCUGCUUCCUGGUGAUGACAGCCAAUCAGUGGCCUUCCUGGACUUGAGGGGCUCCCGUCACCCUUGUGUCACCAAGACAUUCUUUGGUGACGACUUCAUCCCUAACGACAUCGCCAUUGGCUGCCCGGGGAUCGAUGAGGAGGGGCUAAAUAAUGGAUGUGCUCCCUGUGUUCUGGUCACUGGGCCCAAUAUGGGAGGGAAGUCUACUCUCAUGAGACAGUGCGGUCUGAUUGUGGUUCUGGCCCAGCUGGGCUGCUAUGUUCCUGCGGAGAGCCUGUCCCUCACCCCUGUGGACCGGGUCUUCACCAGGCUAGGCGCCUCAGACCGAAUCAUGUCUGGGGAGAGCACCUUCUUUGUGGAGCUGAGUGAAACGGCUAGCAUCCUCCAUCACGGAACCAAGCACUCCCUGGUGCUCCUCGACGAGCUGGGCAGGGGCACGGCUACAUAUGACGGCACGGCCAUAGCCAGUGCCGUGGUGAACGAGCUGGCUGAGAGGAUCUGUUGCCGGACUCUCUUCUCCACACACUACCACAGCCUGGUGGAGGACUACACAAACAACCCUGCUGUACGGCUGGGACACAUGGCCUGUAUGGUGGAGAAUGAAGGCGAUGAAGAUCCCAGUCAAGAGACCAUCACCUUCCUCUAUAAAUUCAUUGCAGGGGCGUGUCCUAAAAGCUACGGUUUCAACGCUGCUCGUCUCGCCAACCUACCUGAAGAGGUUAUUCAACUGGGCCACAGAAAGGCCAAGGAGUUUGAGAGAAACACCAUCUCCCUACGAGUGUUCAAGAAGCUGUGUUUUCAUGCUGAAGACCCUAAAGCAGAUGGAACCCAGUUUGCCUCUUUGGUGCGGAUGUUCGGCAACCUGUGAAGUUGAAGCUCGGACCUGUUCAGGAGGAUGUAACGUUACAGAGUUCUAUACAACGAAAAUGAUUGCUUCUCAGAAUUUAGAGUUCAUGCGAUUCCCUA